AUGUCCGCCAUUGACCUAAACCACUUCCCCAACGAGGAGGUGUCCCGCGCAGCUGUCGGAAAAUAUGGCAUCGCGUGCACCCUCGCUGGUCUUCUGCUCGACACCUUCCUUUUCGGGAUGUUUUCCAUCGAGCUCAUCACGUACCUCAACAGCAAGGCCAAGGACCCGGUCUGGGUCAAAGCCCUCGUCGGCGCUGUUGUCGCCAUGGCCUCCCUCUCGACAGCUCACAACUGGUGGAUUGUGUCAAAGUUCUUCGUGCACAACUUUGGGACGUACUCGGUGUUCCUAACCACGGGUCCACUUGCGUGGCUAGCCUUCCUGGACUGUAUCAACAUGAGUCUCUGCCAGGCUUUCUUCGCGUACCGCGCAUACAGGCUGUGCGACCGCAACUUGUGGAUCCCGAUUUCUGUCGGGUUGUGCAUCCUGACCGGUGUCGCAUGCACAAUCACGAUGACGGUCAUCUACACGACCCUCUCUUCGGUCUUAGACACGCAUGUCAUCCUCUCUCCCUCACUGCUUUGGGCAGCGACUACCAUGGUUGCGAACAUGAUCAUCACCGUCUCGAUCCUGUACGGUCUCAUGAAGAAGCGUUCAGGUAUCAAGAGCACGGAUAACUUGAUCACGCGGUUCAUCCGCAUGUCUCUCGAAUCGCAGGCUGCCACCACCGCAAUCGCCCUCAUCCUUCUCAUCGACACCAUGUGUGUGCUUCUCUUCCACUCCAAGAUCUACGUCGUCGGACUGUUCUACGUCCUCAACUCGCGGCAUCAGGUCGUGGUCGCUGAAGAAAUCACCAUGAAUGAUACCCAUCCACUCGCGUUCAGCCGCACUCAGGCUGCCACAAUCGUCAUCGAGCAGGACACGGAGAUGCACGUCCUGCGCGUUCAGCCGCCGCCUGCACCGGGACUUAAUCGCAACCCAAGCAAAAGUGAGGAAGGGGACACCAAGAGCCAGAGUAAAAGCGAGGAAGGGGACACCAAGAGCCAGAGCUCGGGCACGGCUUACUCGGCCUCGCCGCACCCGGACCAUAAGAAGGUCGCCUACUAG